CAUGAUGUGAGGGGAGGAGAAAGGUGUGGGAUUCUGCCUUCAGCAGCACAAUAUAGAAUAUCCUCUUGAGCCAAAUGAUUCUAGAAAAAAAGUUUUCGCCCCUCCUCCCUUGUUUAUCCUCCUUGCCUGGCACUCACACUGCAGCUUUUCAAAAGAAUCUCGAUUAAGAAAUACGUCUGUUGUCAUCUUAUUGCCACAUCAUCCUGCAAAUGCCAGUGAUGUGUCCACCCAUUUGAUUUCUUUAAAAAGCAGAUGCAGGAAAGGCAAAGCUUUUGCCUGUCUGCUGCCAGGAUGGAAGAAACAAAUCCAGCGAGAAACUCCAAGUGUUCCUAUUUCUUCCUACUUGGCUUCAUUGGUUCCCUCCUCCUUCAAUCUGCAUCGGGUCGCGAGCUGGUGUUUGUGCUCUUAAUUUAUCGGCAUGGUGACAGAAGCCCUAUUGAAGUCUAUCCUAACAGCCUACACAAUGAAAGUGCCUGGCCACAGGGAUUUGGACAACUGACUAAGAUUGGAAUGCAGCAGCAGUAUGAACUUGGAAAAUACAUAAAGAAGAGGUACUCAAACUUCCUGAGUGCUGAAUAUAAACGAGAAGAGAUUUUGAUCCAGAGUAGCGAAAGUGAUCGAACCAUUAUGAGUGCCCAAGCAAAUCUUGCUGGUAUGUACCCUCCUACUGGUGAUCAAAUCUGGAAUCCUAAAAUCCUGUGGCAACCCAUCCCGGUGCAUGUUGUACCAAAGGAAAGAAAUCCGAAAUUACGUUAUCCAAUUUUAAAUUGUCCACGCUACCUGGAACUUCUGAAGGAAACGAUGAAAUCAAGUGAAUUCCAGGCCAAAAUUCAACCGUACAAGGAAUUUAUAAAAACCAUAGGUUUAUAUUCAGGAUAUGACCCUCAAGAUCUCACCAAUUUGGUCAACUUCAAAAUCUGGCAUGUACAGGAUACUUUAUUCUGUGAGUCUAUUCACAACUUGACACUUCCUGUGUGGGCUACUAAAGAGGUGAGGGCAAAACUGGCUGAGCUGACCGUGUUAUCCUUGUCGUCGUUAUUUGGGAUUUACAAAAGAGAAGAGAAGGCCCGGCUGCAAGGAGGUCUCCUUGUGAAAAAUAUUCUAGAAAAAAUCUCCAGGGCUGCUAAAGGUUCAGAAAAGAGGAAAAUGCUCGUCUAUUCUGCACACGACACUACACUUGGUGCCUUGCAGAUGGCACUCAAUAUCUACAACGAAAAGCUGCCACCAUAUGCAGCUUGCCAGUUUUUUGAACUGUAUCAAGAAGAUAACGGGCAACAAACCGUUGAAAUGUAUUUUCGGAAUCACACUAGGAAGGACCCCUAUCAACAAACUCUUCCAGGUUGCUCAUCUGCGUGUCCCCUGCCAAAGUUUGCUGACCUGGUUUCUCCCAUCCUAGUAGACGACUGGGCCAAUGCAUGCGGGAACGUAGAAAAAAGAAAAGGAAAAUGUUCCCAAGAAAAUGAGCAGGCUUUGUGAAAGAAAGAAAGAAAGAAAGAAAGAAAGAAAGAAGAUGUCUAACUGGAAAGAAGCAAGAUGGAAGAGUAAACUGAGCUUCUGGAACACCUUGAAAUGUGAUGUUGCACAAAUCGCAAAUGUAAGGGUCUCUUUUUAAAGGCUGCAUUGGAUUAAUAAUAAUAAUAACAAUAAUCCCGCUGACUGAUAACACUUCAACAAUAAAGAUUGCUUUAAAUAAAGAACUGGGAUUUUGGAGUUCACCUAUUUCAAAGUGCCAUCUGCUAGAGUUUGCAUGGGCAGCAGGAUUUUCCUUGUGUAGCUGGUUGUUGUUGUUUUAAUGCCAGGCUGCUUCUAGGUCACUUGGGAGACGCUGUGUCUCCUUGCCCUCUUCCAGCCAAGAGCAGGGGUGUUUGGUCCAGUGUGUCAUUUCUUAACAAGUGGCUUCCAUGUGGGGAAGGACAUUCGUGUGGGUUCUGCUGCAGAGCGUGGGCAGGCAGCAGGAGAGAUCAGGAGGGAAAGCCACUUUGAGAAGGAGCAGCUUGCACCCUGCACCCAAAGGCACCCCACCCCUAACUUCUCCUGGGAAUCUACAGUCAGCCCAGUACGUCCAUCUUCUCUCCUCCUAGGCCUUUUCACUGCUUCUCGUUCUUGCUACCCAACCUCUUUCUUCCUGCCUCUGCUCAUCCA